UUUGAGAGUGUAGCGUCUGCGUCUCUUCUCUUGUUGCUUCGGCUUCUCCGAGGUUGGAGGAGGCGAGCUGCGAGCUGCGAGCGCCAUGGCAGCCAGCUGCCUCGCGCAGACCAAUGCCCUCUUCAGGAAAAGCCUCGUCAUCCAGAGGCGGGCGGGGAAGACGAACUGCUGCAUCGUCCUCUUCCCGCUGCUCCUCUUCUCGGCCAUCGGGGGCCUCCAGAUCGCCAUCAACGUCGAGAUGCUGCGGGAGUUCGCCGCCGCCGCCUCCAUCGACUGCGGCGGGUGCGGCGGCGGCGUUGCCGUGGCGGCGAACGCCACGGGGGGGUUGGACUGCCCGACGCGGUGCGCGCUGCCGCGUGCCCCCAAGUGGCCGCCCCUUCUGCAGAUCCCGCCGCCGGAGCGCCGCGCCGUCGGGGACGGGGACCUCCUCUCGUCCGCCGGCGAUCUCCCCGACGCCGCCUCGUGCAGAGCCGCCGGGUCCUGCGCCGCCGCCUUCCUUGUCACCGGCGGCAACCGAUCGUUUGUAGCAAGGGUGAUGGACAAUAUGUUCCCUGCUCAUAAUUCUUCGGCGAAACUACCGUCUGACAUUUCCGCUUUGUCUGAUUAUGUUCUGGCAGAGGCAGAUGAUGAGUUGGAUUUCAAUUCCUUUGAAGUCAGCUCCUUUCUUCAGAAGACAUGCACCCCAAACCAGACACUUUCUUUUACAUAUCAAAGUGGCAAUACAACCGAGACUAAACAUGUGCAAUGUACCCAAGGAUUAAUGCUCUGGCGUGACAGUUUGUGGCUCAUCAACGAUGAACUCUAUAGAGGUUACUACCAAGGAAAUAAUAAGAAGAAGACCAAUGAAAUCGCUGCAGCUUAUGACUUCUUAAGUUCUGAUCAAGGCAACUUUAACGUGUUCAUCUCGUAUAACUCAACAAAAAAGUUUGAUGCUUAUGAACAAGACAUCUCACUCACUUUUAAUCAAGGAGCAUGGCAAGCACCUAGAUUGGUUCAAGUUUCACGACUAAUCAAUAUGGCUUCAAAUGCAUACCUUCACCUAAGGGCCAGUGGCCUCAAGAUCUCAUUUGAUUUUGUCAAAGACAUGCCCAGAGCAGCUCGACCAAUGAGGCCAAUUGAUAUAUCCUCAUUAAUAGGGCAACUUCCUUAUGUAUGGACUAUGGAACUUCUUUUCCCGGUAAUUUUGACCAACAUUGUAUACGAGAAGCAAAAGAAGCUAAGGAUUAUGAUGAAGAUGCAUGGUCUUGGUGAUUUUUCAUAUUGGACUAUCUCGUACUGCUAUUUUUUUCUUCUUUCGCUGCUCUAUGUGAUGUCCUUCACAUUAUUUGGUUCUGUUCUUGGUUUAAGAUUCUUUCGACUGAACGACUACAGUGUGCAGUUUGUGUAUUACUUCGCCUAUAUGAAUUUACAAAUUUCGUUCGCAUUUCUUACUGCGUCAUGCUUUUCUAGUGUGAGGACAGCUACUGUGACAGGAUACUUCUACAUAAUUGGUUCUGGCCUUUUAGGAGAAUUCUUAUUCAGGUCCUAUGUUGAAGAUGUUUUCCUCUCAAGAAGCUGGAUUACACUUUUGGAGCUUUUCCCUGCAUUUUCAUUGUAUCGCAUUAUCUAUGAGUUUGCACAAUCUGCAUUGCUCGGGAAUUAUAUGAACUCUUCCGGGAUGAAGUGGGUUGACUUGAAUGAUCCCAAAAAUGGAAUGAGAAGUGUUUUGACCAUAAUGGUACUAGAAUGGUUUCUGUUCCUUUUAUUGGCAUUCUAUUUGGAUCACUUCGGUUCCUUCCAAAAGGGAAUAAGAAAAGCAGCAGUACUAUUUCACUCGCACAUUGAUAAGAAUCGUUUUCAAGCUACUCAGCAGACCAUCCAGCUUCAAGAGUUCAAAGCUUCUGCUGACAAUGAGAAGACAGAUGUUAUCAAAGAGAGAGAAACGGUUGAACAGAUCUUACAAGAAUCAAAGAAUAGCUACUCGAUCAUCUGUGACAACCUUAAGAAAGUGUACCAUGGAAAAGAUGGGAAUGCAAAAAAAAUUGCUGUCAGAGGGCUAUCUCUUUCUAUGCCACGUGGGCAAUGUUUUGGUGUUCUUGGACCAAAUGGCGCUGGAAAAACCACUCUUAUUAACAUGUUGACUGGAUUUACUAAACCUACGUCUGGCACGGCGUACAUUGAAGGAAUGGACAUACAAUUCGAGAUGAACAAGAUUUAUGCAGGAAUCGGUGUUUGUCCACAGCAUGACUUGCUAUGGGAAACACUGACUGGUCGCGAGCAUCUGUUGUUCUAUGGUAGACUUAAGAAUUUGCGGGGUGCACCAUUAUCUCAGGCCAUUGAGAAAUCUUUGAAAAGUGUGCGCCUGUUUGCUGGUGGCAUUGCCGAUAAGCUUGUAAGCAAAUACAGUGGUGGCAUGAAACGUCGUCUCAGUGUUGCAAUCUCUCUAAUUGGUGACCCUAAGGUAGUUUAUAUGGAUGAACCAAGCUCAGGGUUGGACCCAGCAUCAAGGAAAGACUUGUGGAAUGCUGUCAAGUCUGCCAAGCAGGACAGGGCCAUAAUUCUCACAACGCAUUCGAUGGAAGAAGCUGAAUUUCUAUGCGAUCGGAUAGGAAUUAUCGCAAACGGCAGCUUGCAAUGCAUCGGGAACUCUAAAGAGCUGAAAGCAAAAUAUGGAGGCUCAUAUGUCCUCACAGUAACAACCGCGACAGGCGAGGCGGAGGAGAUGAGGAGACUGGUCCAGUCCAUCUCCCCUACCAUGAACAUUGUGUACCACAUCUCCGGGACGCAGAAGUUCGAGAUGGCGAAGCAGGAGGUGAGGAUCUCUCAAGUUUUCCGGGCCAUGGAGCAUGCGAAGCUCAGGAUGAACGUUCUUGCCUGGGGCUUGGCUGACACAACGCUGGAGGAUGUCUUCAUCAGAGUUGCCAGGGAGAGUGACAGUGCAUCAUCCUCCGUGGCCUGAUCAGUAACCAUGAAGAAUUGUUCAUCUCAUGGUUGGAGUAGCCUAAGAUGUUGGGGAACUUCUUGUUUUUUUAACGAACCAGUACUAGAUGUCCUAAUUUCAUUGAAUAAAGUAGGAGUAAAAAUUUUGUAUAAGUAAAAAGGAGAACCGCACAAAAAGUAAAACCAAGGAUGAGCUAUGAGCAGGGGUGGCAAAAUGCAAGGGCUGAGUUCAAAAAGAGUUGUACUAAAAAUUAAUACAUUUUUUAGCUAAAAAUAUUUAAAGGCUGAAGUGGGUUGUGAAAGCGCCCACGGGCCCUAAUUCACUACUA